AUGAAUAAUUAAGUACAAGGGAACAAUAACCAGGCAUAAUAAGGGAAUCAAGGUGAAAAAUAAGGAGGAUUUGGAUUUUUUAGAAUAAUCCUUACAAUAAUCGGAAUGAAUUUUAUGGUUUCAUUUUUCUAAUAAAAUCCUAAUGUAGAUACUUAUUUUAACAUUCUAAACUCUAAUGAUUUAUUUAAUUUGACUAUUACGAAUAAUGUAACUCAUUGGACUUUAGUAGAAUUAGAUUUAUUUUAUAGCAAAGACACAAUAAUUGUUAAAAAUAUUACUAUGACAGGGGAGGAAUUAUAGCUUAUCAAAGCUUUUUGA